CGUUCUGGGGUUAGCGGAACAGAGAUCCUUUCAAUAUAUUUUAAUAGAUUUUUAAUAUACUAAAAUUCCCAGGACCUUCCCGUGCAGCUUACUGCGCCGAUGCAAUUUAUUCGCGGAUAUCAAACUACCUAUGUACUCAACUACUGCAUACUAUGGUAGUAUGCUGAAGUUAAAUAUACUUAAAAGAGUUGUUUUCAUCUGACUGCAGCUUCUAUAUUGUUACGGCGACGAUCAAUCAUGUGCCCUCCAUCACCUGUUACGAGGUGUCCAUCGCUAUGUAUGUAUGUACCUACUCGCGUGAUACGAGGUUCGAGUUCGUAUGCAUGUACAAAAUACUGUACAGCUACUGUAUAUCCAUAAACACAUACGCAAGUAAUUAUGUACAUAACAUGGAUGGAUGUACGAAGUACCUACAUAAAUCUGUUUGGUCCACAUAUCUUGCUUACAUUCUAGUGUACAUUACAGAUUUCCCAGGCCGUUGGAAAACUUCUUUCCGAAUUGAAACAAGGCUACCCCGGUCUAUACUCAACGGACACCAAAUUGGUGCGAGGCGAGACCUGAGAGAAGGAGAAGAAAGAAAGUAAUUUUUUUAUACUUCCAAACGGCCGAAGAAAAGUUCCCUUCCCAGUGUUUGUUAGAGCUAAACCUCCGAACUGAACACAGGUGCCGCAUCACGUUGCGCCCUGCUUCUCCCUCCCUGCUACACUAUGGCACAUCAACCCUCCCACCGUACACCUAAGCUACUAUUUACGCAAAUAUCUAACGAUACUAUCUCGCUACCUACCAAAAGACGGCACCUUCAUUCGUCUAAACAAAAAACACGAGCAAUUUCACAGAUAACCGAAACUACUACUGCACCAUCCCCAUCGUCCCUUAAUAGCAUAUCUUCAUUUACACCAAUUACACCACUUACAUCAAGCUAUAUAAAUAGUUGGCGUGAAAAUAUCGAACCAGAUUUGCAAGAUCCGAAUCAAAUACCUCCAAGUCCGAAAGAACCAUAUAUACCCUUUGUAAAUAGAGAUGAUCAGUCAAUACCACCAGAGGCAUCGGUGUCAGCAGUAGUAGCAAAGCAUUCUUCCCAAGGUGCCUCGAGCGUUCACCAAUCCGGCAACGCUCGGUAUAGGGAGAUCUACUUGGAGCCGAACUUGAUAAUAUUUCAAAAAGGGCUAUUCGAAUGUCCCAAACCUGUCAAGAAAUUUUACAGUAAAUUUCUACAGCCUACUCAGGAUAUACUUAAUCCUAUAGCAGAGAGGAAAAGGAGGUUUCGUUGGUAUUUCUCAGCACAAGAUCAACGCAACCGUGCAGAGAUUGAGGUGCAACUGAGGGUAAUGCAUCUAUUGGAUUUCGAUCUACAUAAGGUCCAACCCUACGAGGUAAACACUCCAUUUUGGGGCAGUAUGACUACUACUUGGCUAUUGCAGCAAAUAGUCAGACAAUGUCCCACAAAAGAACUUUGCCAACCUAUUAUCCCCAAACCUGACCUAGCCUACGGAUACGACGCCAAACAUAUACCCCAUCUUGCCAAACUGUCAAGAUACCUGAAAUCCGAUAAAAUAUUCACUAGCAAUUCCCACGGCUUCUGUUUCCCGUACUUUAUAAUCGAAUUUAAAGGCACUCGACCCAUAGCGGAAGCAGAGAACCAAAUUCUCAACAGUGCCUCGUCAGCCUUGUUUACAUAUAACAAGAUCAUUCAAGGCGGAUAUGUUUUCUGUGCUUCUAUAAGAGAAGACAUUAUACACUUCUAUAUUAUGUGGCCAACACCGAACGUAUCUGUACCAGACAAUCCAAGAGCACGGCUUACGAAAUAUACAAUGAUAUGUUUCGCAACAUUUGUAUUGAUCAAGCCCGCGGAAUAUAAGAAAUGUCUUAUGUUGAUUAGCAACAUCCAACGGUGGGGCCAAGGAGAGCGAUUUGAUCGAAUUUGCAGCACUAUCGAGAAGAUUUAUACGGAUCAAAAAGAUAUGCCAGAGUCCGAACCGCUAGAGCCAGUAGAGGCAAUAGAGUCAGAGUGAGCUGCUCCAGGACCAGCUCCAGUUUGAAUACGAUGAAUCCGAUGAUGACUUAGAGGAUGACUCUGAGGAUGAUGAGGUUGAAGAAGAGGAUGACUCUGAGGAUGAUGAGCUUGAAGAAAGGCUAGCUAAAAUUAGCAAAAUUAGUGCAACUAGCAUGCCGGGUAGACUAAGACGUAGAGGAGAAAACUAGCACCUAUUCCUUCUAAUACAUACCCUUCGAUUUGGAAUGAAAGUGGAGUACUACCAACAGGUUACCCUUGUCGAACGCGUCUAAAUCUUAAGGUUUUUCGCGAUAUACAUAAGACGUAUCAUAUUGUAAGCGUCGAGGAUGAGACUCAUUUUAUGCGAAUGAAAGGUUUUUUCAUAUACGCUUUUCUUAUUGGCGGUGGAAGCUAUUGCCAUAGUUUCGAUUUUUUUGGUAGGUAUAUUAAUAGUGUUCUGUUUGAAACUUCCUAAGGCUGUC